CUCAGUGUGUACUGCAAUGCAACGGAAAAUAUGCGUGUUUACCAAAGUCGUUUCGGUAGAACGGUGUCGUGUGUUGCGUCACGGUUUAAGGAAAUUGAUAGUGCUCCGAGAUCGACGUGACUAACAUUUAAGUGAUAUCUUUGCUAAUAAUGUGUUGAAUUGUUAUUUUGUUUGAAAUAUCCUAACAAAGUGCAGUGAUUUGCAACAAAAUGGAAUUAAUUUUUUUCCAUCCUGCUAUUCCCUGUGGGUGGAGGCCAGACAAAUGUCCGAUGCCACGACUCGUUCGCCCGAUAUAACCUUGCGACAGCGAAUGAGUAAGUAUAUUUUUUGUUUCAUGUGCAAGUGAACGACACCGACAAGUUAUCAAAAAUCAGGGAAUUUAUAGAGUAUAUCAAGUUGUCACAUUAGUUUAACAAAUAUUAAAUAAAAUUCUAUUAGGAAUCUGGUUGAAUAUAGCUAAAUCAUAAUAACAAUAUUGAACGUCAUUGCGAGGUUCACUCGACAAGAUGGCGUCGAGUGGGGAGAGGGCGCCCAGUUGGCCAGGUGCUGCCGCCGCGUCGAGUUCGGCGCUAUAGCUAACUAAAUAACAGUGUUGUACAUUUAGAACGUUCACAAUGGCUACCGCGAAAGACACGUCUACUUUCUUUUUGGAGGCAGAUGCAAAAGAUUUUGACAGUGUUUUAAAGUUAUAUCCACAAGCACUAAAACUAAAGGCAGAACAGAAAACAAAGAAACCUGAAGAACUCAUAAAAUUGGACAACUGGUACCAGAAUGAGCUGCCAAAAAAGAUAAAGUCCCGCGGUAAGGACGCGCAUAUGAUACACGAGGAGCUGGUGCAACUGAUGAAAUGGAAACAAGCGAGAGGAAAAUUCUAUCCACAAUUAUCAUAUCUCAUAAAAGUGAAUACACCUAGAGCGGUAAUGCAAGAGACGAAGAAAGCUUUCCGCAAACUGCCUAACAUAGAAUCAGCGAUGACUGCACUGAGCAAUUUAAAGGGAGUCGGCACUGCCACGGCUUCAGCGCUUCUAGCCGCUGCCAGCCCUGAAAUAGCACCCUUCAUGGCCGACGAAUGCCUACAAGCCAUUCCCGAAAUGGAAGGGAGCGACUAUACUGCCAAGGAAUACCUCAACUUUGUAAACCAUAUAAAGAGCGUCUGUGAUAGGUUAAAUAAGGAACAAAAUGGCUGUGGCAAAAAAUGGUCUCCACAUAUGGUGGAACUGGCAUUAUGGACACACAAUAUAGUAUCAGACCUCCAGCCAGAACUACUUGGAAAAGAACCCCGCUCUGCACUCCCCGUAAACGGUGGCUCCCCCCUCCCCAGUGACGAAAGCAAUUUGGAACCACCCUCAACAAAUGGAAAUGGUAAACUCGGUCCCGACUCAGUGAAUGAAGACACGACGACGUCGUGUACGGAGGACUCUAUGGAUGCGAAGGCAGCCUCCCCCGCCACCCCCGCGACCCCCGCAUCACCCUCAGACAACUCCGACUCCGCCUUCAGCACGCCGCGCGCCAAAAGAACAAUAGAGGAAGCGAGUUCAGCAGAAGAGAACUCCCUGGGCGACUCAUCAGACGCGGCCCCGGCGCCCGCGGCCAAGAAGCUGAGGGAAGCCACGCACUGACACCCGCGCCCCGCCCACCAUCCCGCGUGCUAUAAAUAAAUAGCUUUCUAGACUAAAAUAUUGUACCUAGGUAAUUUAUUUUCAAUUCCGAUUAAUUUUAACUUAGCCUAAGUUUAAGAAUACCGGUCGAUUUUGUAAGUUUUAUAGGGUAUUAAUAUUUUGGAUGCGUUUGGAUGGAGUUUGACUUACGGGCGCGCUCGGAAGUAUGAGAUUGUACAAUAUUUCGAUGUGAGUGGCCGACGGGCCUAGCGUUAGGUUUUGUUUGUAAUAUUUUUUUUAAUGUUUGAACGGUCGCAUCCCGCGAGACAUUCCAAUAAUUUGUAAAGAUGGCGGCGAGGGUCGCCGCAAUGAGAUCCGGACCAGAUGCCUUGAGGAGGCGGCGGGCUGCAUCUUAAUUUGUCAUCGCUCCAACGCGAUGCAACAUCGCACUACCGCGUAAUCCAAUCUACUCGAUAACAAGACUAGCAAACUACUGAACUUACUCGUAAGAGACAUACGUAGUAAAAUAUUUUAUUUUCUAAUAUGAAUUUAGUAUCUUUGUCUCUUUAGGAUGAAAUUUAGUUGAAAGAGAUGAAAAUACUGCUAUAAUGAUUGCAAGGCCCAUUUAAAUGUCUAUAACGUCUGGCUUUUCCGAGUAAGUAAAUAUUUACUCCUUGUCCUACCACAUUCGCGCGGCAAGUAUAAGUCGAUGACGUCUUAAGAGAUAGCCGAAGCCUCAUUCACACCAUUGCCUUAUGAACAGUGUGCGCGCAGAGUUUAUAUGCAACAAGAUAAUACAAAGGUCGUGUUACCCGGGCGCCGGGACACGGGCCCACAAUGUAGUUUUUAUUGAACAAAUAUAAGAUAUUAAUUUUAUAA